AUUUCGAAAACUCCCCCCCCCAUAAAACCUCAAAAUGGAGGAAUCCCUAUCUAUCGAAGAAACAAAUAAGAUCCGUCUCUCCCUCGGUCUCAAGCCGUUAAGAGUCGACACAGAUGCCCCCGCCACCUCAGGCAAGCCCGAGGACAGCGUGCCCGACAAUAGCGUUGAAGCCCAGGAACGCCGCGCCGUCGACAACUGGAAGAGGCACCAAGAUGACAUCGACAAAGAAAUUGCUCGUAAGGCCCGGAUAGAAGGAAUAAAGAAGGCGCGCGAUGCGGAGAAGCGGUUCGCGAAGCUGGAGGGCAAGGGGUUGGGCGAGGCUGAUGAGAACGAGGAGGAUACAACGACAUGGGUGCGUAAGAUGAAGAAGCGGCAGAAGAAGCUUGCGGAGAGGAUGGCGAGGGAGAUGGAGGAGGAGUUACAGCGUGCCGCGGCCGAGAGGAGUGAGUAUACGGCCGAGGACUUGACGGGAGUGAGGGUCGGUCAUGAUUUGGGUGAAUUGGAUGGGGAGGGGAUGGUUCUUACGUUGAAGGAUACUACUAUUGAGGAGAAUGAGGAGGAGGGCGACGAAUUGAUUUCUACGGAUCUUGCGGAACGAGAGAGACUCAAGGAACGGCUUGAUCUCAAGAAGAAGAAACCGACAUAUAAUGCUUACGAGGAUGAGAGUGAAGACGGGGAGAAGCGGAUAUUGGCUCAGUAUGAUGAGGAGAUUGACGGGAAGAAAAAGAAGAGGUUUGUUCUCGAUGGCACUGGGAGCGCUAGCAACGUCGAUGCUCAUCGUAGGGAAGUCGCGGAAAAGCUCAAAUCAAUAGCUGUUACUCUAGACCCUAUCAAGUCCGAGGCUUCCUCCGACUAUGUAGAUCCCGCCACGCUUAAGAUCCGCAAGCCGAAAAAGAUGAAGGCUCGAGCCACUCGGAAGAGAUCCGAGGAUGAUGAUGACACUUUGGCACCUCCUCCCGAAGCUCCGAUGGAGGACUCGAUGGAGGUUGACUCCGGCUCAGCCCCAGCACAACCAAAGCCCAAGCGAGUAUUUGAGGAGACUUCAUUCGUGGAUGACGAUGACUUACAGAGUGCUCUAGCAGCGCAACGCAGGACGGCGCUCAAGAAACGAAAGAUGUUAAAACCGGAUGACCUUGCUCGUCAGCUUCGUGAGGAGUCUGCUGCCGCCGCUACUCCGGGCGCAGACAGCCCAAUAAGAGAAGAUGAUGGCGAAGGAGAACCAGGUUUAGUGAUCGAUGAAACCUCCGAAUUCGUGGCUACCCUCCGAGCGCCGGUCGUCCCGGAACGAAGGUCCCGUUCCGGCGCGCCCGCUCAUUCUCCUCCAGCCACUUCAAUGGCAGAGGGAGAGGAUGAAGAUGAAGAUGAAGACGGACCGGAAGAAAUGGACGUAGACAUCAAACCGGAGAUGAAGCCGGAUUCCGAAACCGGAGAAAUCUCAUCGACUGGUCUCGCCCAGGAAACCACCAUAACCCAUGGCGUCGGUGCAACACUGGCGAUGCUCCACCAGCGCGGUCUCCUGACCCGCGACUCGGAAUCCGACGUCAAGAUUAACCUCCAACGUGACCGGGAGAAGUUUCGCACGGCGAAGCGCCUGCGCGAGUUGGAAGCCGAGGAGAAAGCCAAAUCCCAGCGCUUGCGUGACAGACAGAGUGGGAAAUUCGACCGCAUGAGCGCGAGAGAACGUGAGGAGCACGCAAGAUGGGAAAACAAGCAGAGGGAUCUGCAAGAAGCGAAGGAGAUGGCGGCGAGGUUUAAGGAAUACAAGCCCGAUGUCAAACUUAGCUACAAGGACGAGUUCGGCCGGGAGAUGUCGCAGAAGGAGGCAUUCAAGCACCUCUCCCACCAGUUCCAUGGAAAAGGUAGUGGAAAGGCAAAGACGGAGAAGAGGCUCAAGAAGAUUGAGGAUGAGAAGAAGCGCGAGGCGGCUAGCAGUCUUAAUGCUUCGGCUACAGAGAAUGCGGUGCAGAGUGCUGCAAAGAAGAGCAAGCAAGCUGGCGUUAGGCUUAUGUAAUGAGUUUGGAAUUCAGGCAUGAGAUGUCACUCGGGGGUGGUGGUGGGGAAAUUUGUUUUCGGAGCGGGAAUUUGUCGAUGUGGCCUUUUUCUUGCUUGCAUAGUGGAAGGGAAGUUGUGGGAGCUGUGUAUCACUAGUCAGUAGAGAAGACCUGAGCGCCAUUGAUUGAUCUAGAAGUUGUCGGUUUUA